AUGGCGUCAGGAAAGAUCGUUAGCAUUCGCUGCCAUGGCCCCAAAGACCUCCGCCUCGAAGAGCGGGACCCCGUCGCACCGGGUGAAGGAGAAGCUACCGUGGCCAUCGAAAUGACCGGAAUCUGCGGGAGUGACCUACACUACUACCUUCACGGGGCGAACGGUGACUUCAAGAUCAUCGAUCCUCUUGUAUUGGGACACGAAGCGGGAGGCAUCGUCACCGCGGUGGGACCCGAGCCCGCCUCGCCUACCUCGAAGAACGCCAACAGUCAAUCCAGGCUCAAGGUGGGCGACCGCGUCGCCAUUGAGUGCGGUCACAACUGUGGAGGAUGCAGGAUGUGCAAGGAAGGUCGCUACAACUUGUGCAAGGCGAGUCUUGCCCUGAGGUGUCAUGGACUUGACUUUGACGUUUGGCUAAACUUGGCUCGCCCUUGGCCCCGAUUUGCGUCUCAACAGAACAUGCGUUUCUGCAGUUCUGCCAAGUCCCAUCCCCACGUCGAUGGAACGCUCCAGGACCAAAUGAACCACCCGGUCAGCCUCCUUCACAAACUCCCGGAUGGGUGCUCCUUCGAGGCGGCCGCUUUGGCAGAACCGCUCUGCGUCGUCUUGCACGCCAUUCGACGUUCAGGUCUCCGUGCGGGUGAUAGGGUCCUGGUACUCGGAGCGGGCGCAGUCGGUCUGCUCGCCCUCGCGCUGGCGCGAGCUCAAGGUGCGACCACCACGAUCGCCGUCGACAUCGACCAGUCUCGACUGGACUUUGCCAAAGAGAACGGCUGGGCCACAGGAACGCAUUGUCUCGAGCGGGGACCUCGCGUAUCAGGCGCCGACGCCAUGGCCGCCGGCAAAAAGUCGUGGGAAGGACUCAAGGCAGACGAUAUCGUCACUGGGGUCGAAGACCUGGACGAGGGUUUCGACAUCGUCUUUGAAUGCACGGGUGUCGAGAGUUGCAUGCAGAUGGCCGUAUACGCCGCUCGAGCGGGAGGAAAGGCAAUGUACAUCGGGAUGGGAACCUCCGCCAUGUUGCUCCCAACCGGGCCUUCAUUGAUCCGAGAGGUCGACAUCAUGGGAGUCUUCCGAUACGCAAACGUAUACCCCGCAGCGCUGGCCUUGCUGGGUUCCGGGCUGCUGCCCAACGUGGAAAAGAUGGUGACACAGAGAUAUCCGCUGGAUCAAGCAGAAGCGGCGUUUGCCGACGUGGCCAGAGGUAAAGGUGCCAAUGGCGAAAUGGUUGUCAAAGUUAUGAUUGGCAAGCGAACCUGACAGAGCACCGCGUCGCCUUGAGACAUCUAGCCUACUGCGUUGUUGUACCAUAUAUAUGAUGCAUGGACUAUUUUACCCUGCUCGUUGUCAGUUACGGUCCGAUGCUGGCGUAAUCUCGAAUGACAAGUCGCCUUCAGAAUCGCUUGCAUCUCCUUGGCCGUUCUGAGCAGACGACCACUCUUGCAAUAGUGCCUUCCGACGUGCUUUGCGGCUCGAGCCGGUGUUCAU